AUGUAUUUUUUUAUUAUUUCAAACAAAGAAGGCAAUAAACAAUGGGUUGAAUCUGAAGAAAAUAGGCCACAAAUUGCUAGAACUGCUAAAAAUAGUAAAAAACAGAUAUUUUGUAUAUUCUUUGCUGCAGAUGGUAUAGUAACUAGUAAAGUGAUUCCUGAAGAUACUAAUGUUAAUAAUAGGUUCUAUUCUAAUACUGUAUUAUCCAAAGUGUUUAAUAAUUUUAUGAAAAAAAAAAAUAGACAUACUGUAAAAGAUGUUUUGUUAUAUUAUGAUAAUGCUAGAUCACACAAGGCAGAUAUUGUUACUAAUUAUUUGAAAAAAAAAUGUAUUAAAUUAAUGCCUCAUCUACCUUAUAGUCCAGACCUAACACCAUGUGACUUUUAUUUGUUUCCAAAAAUUAAAAAUGAAUUAGCUGGUCGACAUUUUGAACAGGUUGAAAAUCUUGCAAAAGCGAUAAAAACAAUUACAGAUAACAUCUGUAUGGAUGAAUAUAACAGAUGUUUUAAAAAUUUGCAAACCUGGCUUAAAACUUGUAUAGAAUUUAAUGAAGAGUUUUUUGAGAGAAUGUAUUAA